AUGUCUCUGACCAAGAGUGAGAAGGCUAUCAUCAUGUCCAUUUGGGACAAGAUGUCCAUGCAGGCUGAUGCCAUUGACUGGCUUCUGAAUUUGGGGAAAUCUCCACGUUUGAGGCCAGAAAGUGCUUGGGUCCGGGCACCCACCUCAUCUUCCAAACUGAGGCCGCCAGGCUCACACUUCCUCACACACACACCCUCCCUCAGGCUCUUUUCCAGCUACCUGCCGACCAAAACUUACUUCCCCCACUUUGACCUGCACCCGGGAUCCCCGCAGCUGCGCACGCACGGCUCCAAGGUGGUGGCCGCCCUAGGCGAUGCGGUCAAACACAUCGACAACAUGGAAGUCGCGCUGACAAAGCUGAGCGAGCUGCACGCUUACAUCCUGCGUGUGGACCCCGUCAACUUCAAGCUCCUGUCUCACUGUCUGCUGGUUACGCUGGCCGCGCGCUUCCCCGCCGACUUCACGGCCGAGGUCCACGCCGCCUGGGACAAGUUCAUGUCUAUCGUGUCCUCCAUCCUGACCGAGAAGUACCGCUGAGCACCCAAACCCUGCACUGGCUGCGCGACCCCCGCACCACCCUCAGCCUUCCUCCUUUCCUCGCCCGAAUCCCCAAUAAAUGGAUGAGACUG